AUGGCAGAUACUAACAAUACCUUAGAUAAAUUAAAAGAGACUUUUGUCGGGUUUGGGUUUCCUACUACUAUUGUAUCAGAUAAUGGUACACAUUUUACUUCAAUUGAGUUUAGUUCAUUCUGUCAAAGUAAUGGUAUAAAACAUUUAACCAUAGCACUAGGACACUCAGCCAGCAACGGUUCAGUGGAAAACACAGAAAAAUCAUUUAAAUUAGGACUAAAAAAAAUAUUGAUGUCAAACCCCACUCUCUCACUUCGGUCAGCUAUAAAUAAGUAUUUACUGAAUUACAGAAAUAGUCAACAUCCUACCACUGGGUAUGCUCCAGCAGAGUUAAUUUUCGGUAAAAAAGUGAAUUUGAUGGUUUAA